AUGGCUUGCCAAUGUGUUGGUGCUAGAUUGACAUCAUUAUCUUCCCCCUCUCAACAAAAUGAUACACCAACCUCAAUACCCACCCGAUCUAUUCAGAAUGUACUUCAGGAAGACCAACACAUGUCUACCGAUGAAGCCGGUGAACCAUCCAUAAAUGAAGAUGAUGACCUUCUGUUUUACCCAAGUAGAGUUGCCUCCAAGGCAAUCACAAAGACACUUAAGCAACAAUAUGUUGAGCCAUGGUUAACUUGGGGUGCAAUGUUGGAUCAAGAGAAGGAGUUCUUCUUCCAAAGGUUCAAGGCCUCUCAUAGACUUUCUGAAAUCUUCAUGGAAGCAAGAAAAACUGGGAAGAAAACUCACUGGAUGUUUGAUAGAGUAUGGAAUAGUUUGCUUGCUAAGUGGAACCAACCCGAGUUUCGAUCAAAGAGUGCUCGUAAUCAAAAGAAUCGAGCAUCUGAGAAGGGUGGAUGUUUGCACACAGGUGGCUCAAUCACCAUCCAUGAGCAUGCCCUUCGCAUGGUAGAACAAUUGGGUCGUCUCAUACAUUUUGAUGAGCUUUUCCACCAUACUCAUGUUCGCAAGAAUACUGAUGAUUUUGAGGAAUUUCAAACUGUAUUUUCCCAAGCAAGAUCUGAAGUUACUUCUUGUGGUGAAGGAGAAGAAAUAUCUCUAUUGGACCCUGGUGAGGAAGAGAAGUUAAGGAAAAAAAGUUGGUUAGUUGUUGCUGGUGGCAAAAAUCCUAUGGGACGAGUAUAUGGUGUUGGAAAACUAAAUGAAAAUUAUCUUUGUGGGGAAGCCUUCACACAACAACCAUCCAGUUCUACAUCUAUGGAUUCACAAAAGAUUCUAAGGUUGGAAGAAGAAAUUCAUCAAUCUAGGGAGGAGUUUCGUCAAUCUAGGGAGGAGAAUCAACGAUUGUAG